UUGGGUAUACGAAUGCAAACGUUUGGAGGCAAGGAUGGAGUAAAAACAGCGACUGUGGCAUUACCGUACGAUGAGGAAUUGGGUAUACGAAUGCAAACGUUUGGAGGCAAGGAUGGAGUUAAAACAGCGACUGUGGCAUUACCGUACAAUGAGGAAGUGCGAUUCCAUUUCAAAAGCUUCAAAAACUCCAAUGAUUACGAAGAUUUUUGUUUUUACGAGGGACAGAUUCCUGAGAUUCAUUUCUUCAUUAAACGGCCGAAAUGA